CAGCCGCGGCUUUUCCUGCUGCCCGCCGCAGACGACCUGUGCCCUCACUGCCGUCGACCAGCGCAUCGCCAGCGGGCAGGGGAAAAUGACUUCCCCUUGGGGCAGACUUACCAGAGAUCCAUCGGCAGUCGGGCAGCCGCAAGUCCUGAUGGAGCUCGGGGAUCGCCGAUGGUCUCCGUGUGAAGGCAGGAUGUCGAGCGACACUUAUGUGAAGGAUAUCAAAGCUGGCUUAAAAAAUCUCAACCUUCUCUUCAUUGUCCUGGAGAUCGGGCGAGUGACCAAAACCAAGGAUGGGCACCAAGUCAGGACGUGCAAAGUCGCUGAUAAAACAGGCAGCAUCAACAUAUCCGUGUGGGAUGAUGUGGGAGAACUGAUUCAGGCUGGAGACAUCAUCCGGCUGACCAGAGGCUAUGCCUCGAUCUGGAAAGGAUGUCUGACGCUCUACACGGGGAGAGGAGGGGAUCUCCAGAAAGUGGGAGAGUUUUGCAUGCAGUAUUCCGAAGUGCCAAAUUUCAGUGACCCUAAUCCUGACUACAUGUCCCAGCUGCUGCCCCAGAACAAGCCAACCCCGACUGAACAAAGUCCUUCCGCCACUGGUCCGGCGGCUUCAUCCCCCUCUGUAAGCACUGGUAACGAGACUCCGAACGCUGUCGGCACAGGUGGAGCGGCGCUGGGCAACUCGAAUCACCAGCCGGCAACUGCAAGUGGAAGAGGCAAUGGACGAAGCCCAGGCAACAACCAAACUGCUGCCACAUCUACCUCCACCUCCACCUCCACUCCGCCAACUACCACACUUAGCAACGGGCGCGAUCCACGACGGGUUCCGAAGCGCUGAUUGUUCCUUUGCUCGCAACUUUGAACAUUUUCCUGGUCUGUGAACCGUAUCAACGUGGUAUUCUUUCAGCAAACUUCAUCCAACCCUUCUCCUUAAAUCCAACGCCGCAAAGCAUUGGCAGACACAAAGUGCCGCAGUAAUUCAGCGGGACAGGCAGCAUCUACAGAGAGAAGGAAUGGGUGACGUUUCAGGUCGAGACCCUUCUGCGUUGGACAGCCACAGUUUGUCACACCUCUCCCUUUCCAAAUCACCUUCUAUAGAGUUGUAGAGGUCAAGUGAUAGGAGCAGCAUUAUGCCAUUCGGCCCAUCAAGUCUACUCCACCAUUCAAUCAAUGCUGAUCUAUCUCUCCCUCCUAACCCCAUUCUCCCGCCUUCUCCCCAUAACCUUUGACACCCGUAUUAAUCAACAAUUUAUCUAUCUCUGCCUUAAAUAUACCAUUGACUUGGCCUCCACAGCAUUCUGUGGCAAAGAAUCCCACAGAUUCACCAUCCUCUGGCUAAAGAAAUUCCUCCUCAUCUCCUUCCUAAAAGAACGUCCUUUAAUUCUGAGGCUGUGACCUCUAGUCCUAGACUCUCCCACUAGUGGAAACAUCCUCUCCACAUCCACUCUAUCCAGGCCUUUUACUAUACAGUAUGUUUUAAUGAGGUCCCCCCUCAUUCUUCUAAACUCCAGUGAGUACAUGCCCAGUGCCGUCAAACGCUCAUCGUACGUUAACCCACUCAUUCCUGGGAUCAUUCUUGUAAACCUCCCCUGGACUCUCUCCAGAGCCAGCACAUCCUUCCUCAGAUACGGGGCGCAAAAUUGCUCACAAUAUUCCAAAUGUGGCCUGACCAGCGCCUUAUUGAGCCUCAGCAUUACAUCUCUGUUUUUGUGUACAAGCCCUCUCCAAAUAAAUACUCUCAAAAUAGUCAGAUACAGCAUGGAAGCAGGCCCAUCGGCCCAUCGCAUACAUCCCAACUAUCGGCCCCCUUGUGCGGGUCAGACAGCACCCUUGGAGGAUAUGGAUAGGCAACGUUUCAGGUCGGGUCUGAAGAAGGGCAGUAGCGGUAGAGUUGCUGCCUCACAGCACCAGAGACCCGGGUUCGGUCCUGACUACGGGUGCUGUAUGUGCGGAGUUUGUACGUUUUCCCCGUGACCUGCGUGGGUUUUCUCCAAGAUCUUCGGUUUCCUCCCACACUCCAAAGACCUACAGGUGUGUCUGAAGAAGGGUCUCGACCCGAAGGUCAGCCUCUCCGGAGAUGCUGCAUGUCUGUCCCGCUGAGUUACUCCAGCACUUUGUACCUGUCCACGUUCUCCACAGAGAUGCUGCAUGUCUGACCCGCUGAGUUACUCCAGCACUUUGUAUCUUUAGUUGUCUUUUUUCCUCUGUAGCUCUCUCCUGAUUACUUGUCUUUGCCAAAUGAUUUCAACCAACAACCAACUGAGACCCAAACAGUGCGCAAAGCUCCAGGUGUGGUCUCACCUGGGCCCUGUGUUAUUGCAGCAGGGUUUGUGUUUAUGUCGCAGAUAUAAAGCCCAGAAAAAAAAACUUGGCCCUCCUGAAUUGCUUAUUACACCUCCAUGUUAGUUUUCAUAAGAUCAUAAGUGUGAGGAGUAGAAUUAGGCCAUUCGGCCCAUCAAGUCUUCUCCGCCAUUCAAUCAUGUCUGAUCUAUCUCUCCCUCCUAACCCCAUUCUCCUGCCUUCUCCCCAUAACCUCUGACACCCGCACUAAUCAACAAUCUAUCUAUCUCUGCCUUAAAAAUAUCCACUGACUUGUGGCCUCCACCACCGUCUGUGGCAAGGAAUUCCACAGAUUCACCACCCUCUGACUAAAUAAGUUCCUCCUCAUCUUCGCCCUUUAAUUCUGAGGCUAUGACCACUGGUCCUAGACUCUCCCACCAGUGGAAACAUCCUCUCCACAUUCACUCGAUGCCUUUCAUUAUUCUGUAUGUUUCAACAAAGUCCCCCCCCUCAACCUUCUAAACUCCAGCGAGUACAGGCCCAGUGCCGUCAAACACUCAUAUGCUAACCCACUUAUUCCUGGAAUAAUUCUUGUAAACCUCCUCUGGACCCUCUCCAGAGCCAGCACAUCCUUCCUCAGAUAUGGGGCCCACAUUUGCUCACAAUACUCCAAAUGCGGCCUGACCAGCGCCUAAUAGAGCCUCAGCAUUACAUGUUCCUGCCUUCUCUCCAUAUCCCUUGACUCCGCUAUCUUUAAGAGCUCUAUCCAACUCUCUCUUGAAAGCAUCCAGAGAAUUGGCCUCCACUGCACUCUGUGACAGAGAAUUCCACAGACUCACAACUCUCUGGGUGAAAAAGGUUUUCCUCAUCUCCGUUCUAAAUGGUGACCCCUUAUUCUUACACUGUGACCCCUG